CCUCAUGGCUCAUCUCCUCGGCGCCCCCAUUCCCCACUCUCUCUCCUUUUUCCCCCAGCCUGGAAAAAUUCGUUCAUCCCGCCGAUUCGGAUUCGCUCCACUGCCCCGUCGUCGAUCGCUCCGACCUCCCUCACCGGAGUAACUCCGGUUUGAUACUUGCAUUGCCUGCUUGUGCUUCUGUUGUUUGUGUGUGAAAGUGUUCGCCCCUGUCCGCUGAGGUCGGCGAGCGCCACCUCCGCACAUGGCGUUGCUGCGGCGGCGCCAGAACUACUACCACCGGCUCCGUCGGCUCCUCCCUGCCGUAUCAGUCGUCUCCUGCGCCCUCCUUGUCUUCUUCUCCCUCCUCUCGUUCCUCGCUCCUUCCCCCACCGAUGUGGAUCACCGCCACCUCGAGCUCCGCCAUUCCACGAGCAACAUCGGAGUGGGCAAUGAUGCCGCCGGAGUCCCGUCGUUUCGUGUUCCAAGAGAGGGAGGCCGAUCUGGUCGCGAUGUCUGGAGCUCACGGAAUGCAAAAUUCCACUACGGAUGCAGUAAUGCCAGCUCCAAGUUUCCCAGACCUGAAGCUAUCACACAGCCCAACCGGUACUUGAUGAUUGCAACUAGCGGAGGCUUGAAUCAACAACGCACUGGGAUUACCGAUGCUGUUGUUGCUGCUCGAAUUCUGAAUGCUACACUUGUUGUCCCUAAGCUCGACCAGAAAUCUUUCUGGAAGGAUACCAGUAACUUCUCGGAGAUCUUUGAUGUAGAUUGGUUUAUCGCAUCCCUGACAAAAGAUGUCAGAAUCAUAAAGGAACUCCCAAAGAAGGGAGGAAAACCUUGGGGCGUCCGCAGUAUGCGUGUUCCCAGGAAGUGUAGUGAGAGGUGCUAUAAUAACCGUGUACUUCCUGUUCUUUUGAAAAGGCAUGUUAUACAGCUUAGCAAGUUUGAUUACAGAUUGGCAAACAAGUUGAGUACAGACCUGCAGAAACUAAGGUGUAGGGUCAACUACCAUGCUUUAAAGUUCACUGAUCCUAUAAGUGCGAUGGGCCAGAUGUUGGUCAAUCGUAUGAGGAUGAGGAGCAAACAUUACAUUGCACUUCACCUAAGGUUUGAACCUGAUAUGCUCGCAUUCUCUGGGUGUGAUUACGGUGGUGGAGAAAAGGAAAGACAAGACCUGGGUGCAAUUAGGAAGAGGUGGAAGACUUUACAUAUAGGCAAUCCUGAUAAGGCGAGGAGACAAGGCAAGUGCCCUCUCACUCCUGAAGAAGUUGGCCUUAUGCUUAGGGCGCUCGGAUACGGAAGCGAUGUCCAUAUCUAUGUGGCAUCAGGUGAAGUAUAUGGAAGGGAAAAGUAUCUGGCACCUCUAAAAGCACUCUUCCCAAACUUCCAUAGCAAGGAGACCAUAGCCAGCAAAGAGGAAUUAGCACCCUUUGCUUCCUUUUCUUCUCGCAUGGCCGCUCUUGAUUUCAUUGUUUGUGAUGAAAGCGAUGUGUUCGUUACCAACAACAAUGGCAAUAUGGCCAGAAUAUUAGCUGGGCGAAGGAGAUAUUUUGGACACAAACCCACUAUCCGCCCAAAUGCGAAGAAACUGUACCGGUUGUUCCCAGUAAGAGCUAACAUGACAUGGGAAGCAUUUGCCCUGAAAGUUCGUUCUUACCAGAGAGGCUUUAUGGGGGAGCCAAUGGAGGUGAGAUCGGGAAGGGGUGAGUUUCACGAGAACCCAUCCUCCUGCAUAUGCGAGGACUCUCAGGCAAAGGCAAUGAAAGAUUCGACGAAUAGAAAACUUGGUAAAGGAAGUGAUAAUACGAGAGAGGAAGCAGAAAGUGCAGCUGAUGAUCUAGAUAUGGACAAUGAGCCCGAUUGGCCGGAGCAGGAGGAUGAAGAUCAAGACGAUGGCUUUGCAGGGAGAGACCAGUUUAAUGGAACAGGACUGGACUAUGAACCCGGGAAUUCUGAUGAACCUGAGUUGGACGAAUUGCUUUCUGACUGAACAGCGGUGGUGAAGUUCUGGCUCAUAAUUCUUACUCGAGUUUCUCGAGCUAAUGGCUCUCUUAACCCCAGCUGCAUACGUCAUUGUUGGUAUAUAGAGGGCCCAGCUAAGCAGAAUGUUCGAGACAUGAGCGGCCUCUCUUCUCUAGCAGUUGGGGUAGUGCAUGCACGGUAUUUAUUGAAGGAAAGUUCUCACAAUCAAGAAAUCUGUCAUCCGUGGUUCAGUUCAAAUAGGGGAAGGAAGCAACUUGGGAUCAGGAAGCUGGCAAGGCCAAGUUGUCCGGCUAUAUCAUGGAGUAAGUUAGAUCCUGGUCCAUUCCCUCGGGUUGAGGGAGAUUGUUUGUAUCUGACUUUCAGGUUUUUUUGGUCUGUCAGGUUAGUCGACUGUAAAUUCUUUCUGUGCUAAUUCCGAGCUUUAUGAUCGCAAGACGGAAAGUUGAGAGUGCAAAAUUUUCCGUUGUAUAAAUUCUCACAACCUUCUUUCUCUAUUAAUAUCUAACAUGCUAUGCUACUAUCAUAUAA